UAUCAUUAAUUUAUUUAGUUAAUAGUUAUUAUUUGUAGGUUAAAUUGAAUCUAUUGAAUUUACAAUGGACGAAGUUAAUAGCACAGAAAGUUCACAAGAAGUGUCAAAUGCUGAAUCCCCUCUUUGGCAGUAUGUGACUAAAGUAGAAAAACCAGCUGGUGCAUCUGUGAAAUCUGGUGGAAACACAUAUUUUAAGUGCAACUAUUGUGAUAAUGUUUUUAUGGGAUCCUAUUCUAGGGUUAAGGCUCAUUUAUUACAAAUUUCUGGCAAAGGUAUUAGAGCAUGUCGUAAUGUGUCAAAGAGCCAUAGGUUGGAAAUGCAGCGAAUGCAUGAUCAAGUUGAGGCUAAUAAGUUAGAGCAAGAACAGAGAAGUCAUAUUCCCUUACCCCCACCUCCCCCAGGCCGUGGGAUACCUAUUUCCCCAUUUCGGAGACAAGAAGGGAGUGAUAGUAGUCAUAGUACAAAUCCGGGUGAUGCUAAGAGGAGGAAGGUGACUAUGAAUACUACUUUGGAGAAAGCAUUUCAGAAUAAUGCUAGACAUGAUUUAGAUAGUAGAAUUGCUAGGAUGUUUUACACCGGUGGGCUUCCGUUUAACUUUGCAAGGAACCCACAUUAUCGUAGUUCCUAUGCAUUUGCUGCUACUCAUAGCAUUCCGUGUUAUCUUCCUCCUGGAUACAAUGCUUUGAGAACAACACUUUUGCAAAAGGAAAGAGCUCAUGUUGAAAGACUCUUGAAACCAAUUAAGGACUCUUGGCUUGAAAAUGGUGUAAGUAUAGUUUCUAAUGGAUGGUCAGAUCCACAAAGGAGGCCUCUUAUUAAUGUUAUGGCUGUAUCAGAUGGGGGUCCAGUGUUUAUAAAGGCAAUUGAUGGGUCAGGUGAGUUCAAAGAUAAGCAUUACAUUGCUGGGGUGUUGAAGGAUGCUAUAAAAUAG